AUGACCAUUUCGACCCACGUACUGGACACCAAGCAAGGACGCCCUGCUGUGGGUGUCCCGUUUGUUCUUACGGAUGCGAAACAAGAAAAAGUGGCGGAAGGUGUCACUAACGAAGAUGGACGUACAAUUUCCCUUGCAGAUGUCCACCUCACACAGGGCGUGUACCAUAUGAUCUUUGAUACAGCUGCCUACUUUGAGAGCCAGCAUGUGUCAGAGUUCUUUUACCCACGAGUGGAUGUGGCAUUUUACGUGGCAAAUCCCUCAUCUCACUACCAUGUCCCCCUCAUUUUGUCGCCGUUUGGAUAUAGUACCUACCGAGGCUCGUAA